AUGUCCGAGACCCACGUCAUUGACGACGCAUCCGCAAACUGCAAUCCUCCAGCGCCGACGAGCGCGUCCCAUCGUUCGAGCUCGGGGUCGGAUUCAAUAGUAGAUUCCCCGGCUUCAUCACGUGGCCGCCAGCUCCGACGUUCGGCAUGUCGCAAGGCUAAAGCCAGAGAUGACACUUCAUCACCUGCCCCAGAGAGACGUCCGCCGCAUUCUCCGGCUUCUUCGUACACCUCUACUCACAACACGAUCCCCGCCAUCCAGAAAUGGACUGUCCAGGGCCUACGAAUGGCUCUAUCCAAGGCGGACGUCGAUUUCAGCAGGCGGAUGACCAAGGCGGAGCUUUACGGCCUCUACGCUUCGUCCCUGGCCGACACCGCCCCACCGAAGUCAGCCCCGCAAAUGACCACCGACAAGCCGGGUACGGCUCAUGGUUCCCCCUAUUCCCGGCCCGGGCAAUCCACCAAUGCGGCUCGUCGUGGCCGUCCGCUGGCAAGCCGGCACAGCAGGCCCUCCGCGAGCGCAGGUACCGCCACGGAUCUAGCAUUGGACACUGAGCUGCAUAACAGGGUUUUCCUGGGCGUCCGCAAUAUUUCAUGCGCGUUCACCGACUAUCUUCUGACCGGUCUCUCUAACGGUUUCGACCCCGGCGUCAUCAGUCUACCAUUGCACAGCUUAAUAUGCCCCAACCUCCAGUCUGCGCUCGCCGACCCAGAGUCAGUCGAUGUCCUCAUUAAAAAGGAGAUUCACGCUAAUUUCAUUAUUGGCCCCUUCGACGCUCCCCCCUUUACUUCAUUUCGCAUCAGCCCCAUUGACAUAGCGACACCGUUUUGCCUUCCAGAAGUUCAGGCGGCUGGCACCCGAAGCAGACCCUUUGCCAACACCGGUACCUCCCUAUUCGGAGCUGAUAUUCUGGUUAACCACCCCCUAAAAACCCUCCUCAAUGCCUCUCUAAACUCCAACAUCCAAGCCGUCUCCCUCAGGACCCUCCAAUCUUAUCUCACUGCAUGGAAAAGCUUCAAGUCUUUUCACCUGGCGUUCAACAUUCCCUUUCCCGAUUUUUCUGUCCUCACCAUCACCUCCUUCAUCUCCUUCCUAAACUCUUCAAAAAACCUCCAGGCCAGCUCAAUUAAAGGCUACAUGAGCGGAGUCGAGUUCUUCCACAAACUCAUAUUCAAUUCGCCAUCUGCAGCCAUAGCCAGCUCCCAAACAUCUAUGCUUAUCAAAGGCAUUCAACGUACCCACCCUGCUCGCCAGGAUGCAAGGCAACCCAUAACCCUGGAUAUACUGACCAGAUGCAUUUCCACCCUCCGUAAAGGAUACCACUCCAAACACGUCGAUCACACACUCGACACCAUGUUUAUCCUAGCAUUCUUCGGAUUUCUAAGAUGUUCAGAAAUUUCCACAACAUCCACUUUCAACCCCCUAACCCAUCCAACGGUAUCCGACCUGUCAGUAGUCGAUUCAGAGACGAUGUCAUUCUCCAUUAAACAGAGCAAGACGGACCAAACCAGGAGAGGACAUUUCAUCUACAUAUUCAAUCUCCACUCACCAAUUCAACCUUAUCAGACCCUCCUAGCCUACCUCCACUUCAGGAAAUCCCAGACAAAAACCACAUCGGAUCCUCUAUUCGUCGACGAGUCUAACCGCCCAGCUACACGCUUCUGGUUCCAAAAGCACCUCAAAGCUGUCCUGCUCCUUUCCGGCAUCCCCGCAGACCACUUUUCCGGCCACUCCUUCCGCAUAGGCGCAUCAACCACAGCAGCCCAAAAAGGCCUCUCGCACUCUCAAAUCCAAGCACUAGGGCGCUGGACAUCGGAAGCUUUCAAGAGCUACAUCAGGUCAGAUCGCUCUAUCAUCAGGGAAGCUCAUCGAACCCUCAUUUCCAAGAUCAUCUAG